AUGGAGUUGGUGGGAAAUGACAAAGCCGAAGAAGUCAUUCAAAAUACUUCUUGUGGCAGACCAAGGGAGGAUAUUCUAAUUUGGACACUCAAUGAUAAUGGAAGCUUCACGUCGUCAAGUGCAUGGAAUUUAAUUAGAGCCAAAGGGCCACAUGUAAGGGAUAUGGAUUGGUUGUGGCACAAUCUCUUGCCAAAGAAGGUCAGCGUACGUGUUUGGAAAGCUCGUUUUCACAACUUGCUGUUGGAUGAGAAAGUUCAAUCCUUGGGAAUUGCUUUUGCUUCUCGGUGUAACUGUUGUGAGCUGGGGAAAACAGAAAUCUUGAAUUAUAUUCUUUGUUCGAGCGAGAUUUCUGUGAAGGAUAGCAAGAUUCUAAGUGCUUUUGAGAUUUCAAUUAUCACUUCGAAGGCACAAACUCAUUGUGUGGUUAGCUGGAGGAAACCUCAGAUUGGGUCUGUAAAAUUGAAUGCAGAUAGUAGUUGCCGUGGGAAUCUAGGGACAUGUGGAGGGGGUGGUGUGAUUCGAGGUUGCUGUGGAGAUUUCCUGGGUGCUUUUUCUUCCUUCUUUGGCUAUGGCUCUAAUAACAAAGCCGAACUUAGGGCCCUGACAGAGGGAGUGCAGAUGUGUAAAGAUUUGGGUUAUAUGAAUGUGGAAAUUGAAUGUGACUCUAAUGUAGUGGUUGAUUGGGUUCUUUCUCGGAAUUGCAUAGUAUGGUAUUUGUGGGAUUUUCGGGAAGAGUUGCUUGAGGCUCUUUCCAUGAUUAAUUUCAUUAUCGCUCACCAAUUCAAAGAAGGAAAUAUGGCUGCGGACUUCUUGGCACGUUAG